UGUCCUAACAAACAAUCUCUGCUGGAUUUGUCUGGAAGACCAUUCUCAAUUUAACGUUCAAGAAUGGAGGAAAGCCUAAUUUUAGGUCGUUCUUAUAACAGACUGACUAACAGUCAGGGGGAAACCACUGAAAAUGAGCUCCAUCUUCACUCCCAUCAAGAGACCCAAGUGACUCUGUCGACAGUGACACCUGAAUCAAGCAUGAAUCAUUACAAACUGCUCAAAGCCAGCCUAGCAGUGCUCGCAAUCAUCCUGCUAGUGGCUAAUAUUGGCCUGGGAGUGUACUAUAACAAACUUACUGAUAACAAUAUAGUAAGAGACAUCAGCGGUGAGAUAACCAAACUACAGGCUUCUUAUGACGCUGCAGUGCAAAGCAGGGAUCGGGCCAAGAAACAGCUGGCGAUGGAGAUCAGCGAGCAGCAAAUCACCAAGUGGGAACUCGAACACCAGAGCCUUAGAUUCAAAGAGUAUGAAAAGCAGGUUGGAAAGAUGCAGAUGGACAUUGCAACGUUGAAAUCCCUACUACCGAUAAUAAAGGAGGGGUGCAGACACUGUUUGCCUGGAUGGGCUUUCAUAAGCUCAAGCUGCUAUUACUUCCCAUUUUCUGACACAUUUUACCGCACAUCGUGGAACGAGGCCCGGCAAACCUGCAGGAGGCUAGGAGGUGACUUGGCAAUUAUAAACAGCAGAGAGAAGCAUCUUGGAAUAACUAAGUUGAUAAGCACUAAUCAAGACUCCGCAACACCAAUGUUCCAGAGUGGUUUCUGGAUUGGACUGAGAGAUGUGGAAGAGGAAGGUGUUUGGAAAUGGCUGGAUGGGACCAGACUGACUGAGGGGUUCUGGAACAUCGGUGAGCCAAACAACCAAAACAACGAGGACUGUGUAGCUGUGUAUCCUAAAAGCAACCCAUUCUUGUCAUGGAAUGAUGCACCGUGCAAUUACAACCUGAAGUGGAUUUGUGAAAUGGCACCAAUAGCUUUGUGAUAACAAAAUCAUCCUGUUGAAAGUCCUGGGUUUAUUUGGCGAAGCAACAAAUGAACUCCACCACAGUGACUCUGUUGUUUCUUUAUUGUUCACCCUGCGGCAAGAAAGACCUAACUACAAAAAACUUUCUCUUAAAAUACUUUCCUAUAUAUUACGUUUUUGUAUAACAACAAAUAUUUGACUCCAUAUAUAUAUACAUAUAUAUAUAUAUAUAUAUAUACAUAUAUAUAUAUAUAUAUAUACAUAUAUAUAUAUAUAUAUAUAUAUAUACAUAUAUAUAUAUAUAUAUAUAUAUAUAGAGAGAGAUAGAGAGAGAGAGAGAGAGAGAGAGGGAGAGAGAGAGAGAGGGAGAGCAAUAUGGAAAUUUGCAGUUAAUUUUACAAUUGUAAAAUUUACAAACAAUUGAGUGAAAUAAAAAUAAAGAGAUAAGUGUCUUUCUGUACAUGUCUACAAUACAACUGAGUGGAAUUUUGAGGUUAUAUCAUCAUAGAAAACAAUGUUUGGAUUCAACUUGUGCAACAUUUUUGUAAGAAACACCUAAUAUAUAUUUCGCAAGGUACAGUACAUAUCUCAUGCUGCUGAUUUAUUCCUUAAGUCUGGAUUUUGAGUUACUGAUCUAUUAAAUGAAAACACAAAAAUACAAA